GCCUAAUCCAUGUCCCCAGCUAUACCCACUGAAUCUCUCAACAAAACCACCUUUCUUUCUGUCUUAUAAGUAUCUUUAAUCAAAAUAUCUAUUUUCUCUUUCAGAGAAUAUCCAUUAACAAUGGCACCAGAAGCCAACUCUACUGUUCCUAAUGGUACCACUGAUCAUGAAUCAUCAAAUUCGCUCAUAGUAUCUUUUGGCGAGAUGCUUAUAGAUUUUGUACCAACAGAAUCAGGAGUAUCAUUAGCAGAAGCACCGGGAUUCUUGAAAGCACCAGCAGGUGCACCAGCUAAUGUUGCGAUUGCUGUUUCAAAACUUGGUGGUAAAUCUGCUUUUGUUGGUAAACUUGGUGAUGAUGAAUUUGGUCAUAUGUUGAAAGAAAUUUUGGUACAAAAUGGUGUGAAUAGUGAUGGUGUUGUGUUUGAUCAAGCUGCAAGAACUGCUCUUGCUUUUAUUACUUUGAGAUCGGACGGCGAACGGGAAUUCAUGUUUUACCGGAAUCCUAGUGCUGAUAUGCUCUUGACUGAAUCUGAACUCAACCUUGAACUCAUCAGAAAGGCUAAGAUCUUUCACUACGGAUCGAUUAGUUUAAUUACAGAGCCAUGCAGAUCAGCUCAUUUACGAGCAAUGAAAGUAGCUAAGGAUGGUGGAGCUGUUCUUUCUUAUGAUCCAAAUCUUCGACUAGCAUUAUGGCCGUCAGCUGAAGAAGCUCGUGAACAGAUCAUGAGCAUCUGGGAACAAGCCAAUGUGAUCAAGAUAAGCGACAAUGAGUUUGAGUUCUUAACUGGCCACGAGACUAUUGAUGAUGAAACGGCAAUUUCCUUAAUGCAUUCAGGACUAAAGCUCUUACUGAUAACUCUAGGACGCCAUGGAUGCAAAUAUUAUACUAAGCAUUUUCAUGGAAUGGUUGAAGCAUUUAAAGUAAAUCCCGUGGAUACAACCGGCGCAGGAGAUGCAUUUGUUGGUGCCCUACUAUGCAAGAUAGCCAAAGAUGAAUCUAUUGUUGAGAAUGAAGCAAGUUUGAAGGAAGUAAUUAGAUUUGCAAAUGCAUGUGGUGCAAUUACUACAACAAAGAAAGGAGCAAUUCCUGCUCUACCAAAUGAAGAAGAAGUUCUUCAGCUUAUAAGUGGAGCUUAAAAGGCAACUAGCAUUUCAAUCUUCGUUUUUUUUGGUUUUUUUAGUUUUAUUGGUAAUCGGUUUUUAAAGUUAGGCAAUGGCGAGGGAUGAGUUUAUUGUUCUAAUCAAAUUUGAGAAUGGUCUAAUUAAUCAAACUCUAAAUCUUACUUAUUAUUUCCUUGAA